UAUCAGCUUUUAUCGAGUUUAUGGCAACACGAAAUUUCGGUGUGCCAUCGCAUUAAUUAAUAUGCGAUGUGCAGUGCAGUUUUCCGAAAGUUUUUCGUGAUUUGUCCUGGAAAAUCUAGAAGGACUGCUGCAACCUGUCCAAAUGCUGACCGAUAUACGUCCAUAGCUGAUUCACACAAAAGCAGCAAUAUGGUUACAGAAGAACAAGUUCGGACAUUUCUAACCGACCACCCUCAUGUUUUGGAAGAUUUCGUCUUGGACACCGUCGAGAUGGAACAACUGGAACGAUGGCUCAUCAGAAAAUCGAAACAAGGAAAAAGGCUGCAAGAAACAUCUCUCGUCGAUAGAAAAACGAGCUUGUCUAAAUGGAAAUUUUGCGUUCACGCCGACAAGCGUCAAAUGUUACAGAACCUAACUCACAGCCUGCAGGAUAAACCGACGCAGGAUUACGUGCUCUGGGAGCUGGCGAGCUGCAUAUCUUCGGCUGUCAAAGCGGAUGGUUUCAGAUUGUACAUGGUUGACCAAGAAGUUCCCAACCAACUACACCUUCAUUUGGGAUUAGAUCACAAGAAAAACAAUACACCAAAGUUGCAAAGAAUGAAAAACUCUGUAUCUAUUCCAUCACAUGUCGCACGAACUCAACAACCCGUGAGGUUUUCCAGAGGUUUAAUCGAUGCCAGAUUUUCUGAAAAUGUGAUAAAUGAGCUUCACAGCGAGAUGGCACACAUACAAUGCCAACCGAUAGUGGAGUCAGAUGGAAAAUUAAUCGCCGUCCUGGAACUUUGGAGACGAGAAUCAGGCGGAGCGUUUUACGAAGAAGACGAAGAAAUAGCCUACAGUUAUUUGGUUUGGGGUGGAAUAGCUCUCCAUUACGCCCACCUCUAUUUAAAUAUGAACCAACAGAAGAGUUUGAAUGAUUUUCUUCUUGCAGUAGUCAAAUCGAUUUUCCAAGAUAUGGUCAGCAUCGAUAGCUUGGUGAUUAAGAUCAUGAACUUCGCUCAACGACUGGUGGACGCUGACCGAGCCUCUUUGUUUUUGGUCGAUGCAAGAAACAAAGAACUCUACGCAACCAUAUUUGAUGUUGGUAUUGGUGAUGAUUCAACGGUAGAAAUAAGAUCUCACUCUUCCAAUGACGACGAAGUCAGAGUACAUCCUUCUAAAGAAAUACGUUUUCCUUUAGGAACUGGAAUUGCUGGGCAAGUCGCCAUGACGGGGGAGAUUUUGAAUAUCAAAGAUGCUUAUGCUGAUUCUAGAUUCAAUAGGGCUGUUGAUCAACUUACAGGUUACACAACGCACACAAUUUUAUGUAUGCCGAUCUACAUCCGAGGAUCCAUCAUUGGCGUUGUUCAAAUGGUCAACAAACAUAAAGGAUAUUUUACAAAGAACGAUGAAGAAGCAUUUGAAACUUUUGCUGUUUAUUGCGGAUUGGCUCUUCAUCAUGCCAAGCUUUAUGAUAAAAUACGAAAAUCUCAACAAAAAUACAAGGUAGCCUUGGACGUUUUGAGCUACCACAACACCUGCACUGAAGAAGAAUUUGAAUCGGCUCUUCGAACUGGAAUUCCGAAAGACUCGAUGGGCAUAGAUGAUUAUUACUUCAAUCCUUUCGAGCUCAAAGACAUGGACAAAGCUAAAUACGCGAUGUUUAUGUUCAAUGAUUUAUUCGGCAGCGGUGGUUUCGAUCAAGCUUGCCUGUUGAGAUUCAUCUUGACGGUUAGGAAAAAUUAUAGACGAGUGCCGUAUCAUAAUUGGACACAUGGUUUUUCGGUUGCCAACAGCAUGUACUGCAUUAUCAAGCAAGCGAACGGAGCUUUUAAUAAAAACGAGAGUUUAGCUUUAUACGUGGGAGCACUAUGUCACGAUUUGGAUCACAGAGGAAAGAAUAACAAGUUUAUGCUUGACACAGAAUCUCCUUUGGCUGCAAUUUAUUCCACUUCUACCAUGGAACACCAUCAUUUCAAUCAAGCUGUUACUAUUCUUCAACAGGAAGGACACAAUAUUUUCAGCAAGCUAACGAAUAACGAUUACAAGCAAGUACUCGGUUACUUAAAGCAUUGCAUUCUCGCUACCGAUUUAGCUUUGUUUUUCCCCAAUAAAGCGAGGUUAGGAGAACUAGUGCAGACCAAAACAUUUUCUUGGAAUAAUUCCACUCACAGGGGCCUGAUACAAGCUAUAGCUAUGACUGGAAGCGAUUUAAGUGCUAACGCCAAGCCCUGGGAUAUCCAAGUAAAAACUGUAGAGGUAAUUUUUGAAGAAUUUUACGAUCAAGGUGACGCUGAACGUGCAGCUGGAAGAAUGCCUAUACCUAUGAUGGAUAGACAGCAAACCAAUCAACAGGCAUCCAGUCAAGUUGGUUUUUUAACAGGCAUUUGUAUACCGUGUUACAAUUUACUCCACACGCUAAUACCAGAAACUAAGGCGUUGUUGGAUAUGUGCAAGAAAAACCUGGAUAAAUGGAGUCAAAUUGAUGAAGAUAUGAAACAAAAAAAAUAAUAUUUGUAUUAUUUUAGGAACGUGUUGGAAAUUUACUUUUUUUUAUUUCUUUUAUUUGCCAUUCUCUUUCCAGAUGUUGCAUUUAUGUGCUCUUAAAUGUUUUGUGUAUAUUUUUGUUGAUUCCAGUGCCUUUUUUAUUUUGUAUACCAUUCGUUUGGUUAAAAUUAUUAAUGAAGAACUUCACGAUCAAGGUGAUGCUGAAAGAAUGCAUAUACCUAUAGUGGAUAGCCUGCAAACCAAUCAACGUUUGCAUACCAUGCGAAGGUAUUGCUGGAUACGUGCUAGAAAAAUUGAUGAAGAUUUAAAACAAAAUAGU